AUGAAAGGUGUACCCCCAGAGAUCGUGGAAAAUAUUCUCCAGUAUAUUCAAUUGCCCAUCUUAAAGAACAUUUAUGAUAAUUCACCUAACGACCACCUCAAAUUUUUAAUCGCGACCAGGUUGUAUAGGAAAAUCCAUUAUGGACUGUAUCACUCCUUCGGCCCGUUUUAUUACUCCUGUGAAGACUACUGUAUUUCAAUUGAAGAGCUUUAUAUACUAGCAGAUGGAAACAUAUCUGCGAGUGUUCAAAGUUUGACUAUUGCCGAUGACGAACCUUAUUAUAAUGAAUUUCUUUCGUUCUCCAAAGCGAACCCUACAUUUAUUUCCACGAUUGCAAAAGUCAAGUACUUAGGAACCGGUAGGAAGUUUAUGGAAUAUGCGGCCCAAUUUCCAGUGGCGAAUUUUGUGGAGUUAGAUUUGAAAAAUGCAGAACAAAUAAGGGUAGCAAAUCUUCCGUCAAACGUUCAUAAGUUGAGUCUCACAUUCUCGAGCCCAAUCAAUUCCGUUCUUAUGGGAUGGCCAGCAUCAUUGAAAACUUUGAAAAUAGAUUGGCAAAAUAGUACGGCCAGCCUCAAACUCCCUUCUGGACUCGAGGAGUUUGAAUGUCGUGGGUGGGACAACGAGGGAAUCAUCGAGUUUCCACAGGGCCUAAAAAGGCUAAAAUUGAAAGGUGCAAAUAUAUCAGUUGACGAGUGGCAGCUUCCAACUUUACUUGAGGAGCUAGAACUUUCAAAUUGUGGUAUUAGGGAUAUAGAAACACCCGCGUUUCUGUUACCAUCCACAUUGAAAAAGUUGAGCUUGACUAAUAAUCCAAUAACAUCAUUGGCCAACGUGCUAUUUCCGAAAGACCUUCAAUUCCUAAAUGUUCUGUAUUGUGAAUUAACGACCCUUGAAGGUGUCAGUUUUCCUCUGCUGCUUCAGGAAUUACGAGUUGAUCAUAACAGUAUUCCGACUUUCGAGAAUGUUGACCUUGGCUCAUUGAAACUACUUGACAACUCUGGCUAUUCGAGCCAAAAUCCAAACUAUAUGAAACAUUUGUCAAAGACAACUUUUCCUGAUACACUUGAAACAUUAAUUUUAGGGGACCUCCCAAUAAAAGAUUGGCCCCAAGCAGUUCUUCCCAACACUUUAAAGCAAUUGACUCUCUAUUGCACUGACGACCCCAAGACUUUAACCUUUCCUCCAGCUUUGGAGAUUCUUGAGUUGCAGUUUCCCUACAAAUCUGAUUACAAAUAUUCCGAUCUUAAUCUCCCUCUGUCGCUUCAAAAGUUAGAAUUGAUUUUCGGCAAUUCAAGUGAGUUUGAUUGGAAUCUCCCAAAUCUCAAGUGUAUGACAUUGAUAAACUUCGAGGGCGCAAUCACCAUUCCCAAGACAGUAAUGAUGCUCUCAAUUAUCACGAAUAACAAGAAGGUGUUCGACGCUCUAGAAAUCCCGUUUGGUGCCGAGAAAGUGACAUUGUCUUUUCAGGCGAAGUUACCCAAUAGUGUGAUAGACUUGGAAAUAUUGAACUUUGAUUCUGGUACGCAAUAUGUUCUCCCACAGAAAUUGGCCAGUGCUCGACUUUUCAGCGGCCAAUUUGAGGGUCCUGUCAAGAGAGGGCUGCUUUUACUUCCGGAAACAUUGCAAUAUAUUGACGGAUAUGUAGACCCUACACUUGCUGAAGAAGUGAACCUCAAGAGAUGCAUGAAAUGA